AUGUGGUGGCGACAGUCUUUUGUGCAGCAUAUAGCAGCACUGCUAGCACUCGCUGCGGUGACGAUAGCAGCGCAACUGCUCGAACAAGACGACGACCCUGUCAGGUUCCGACCGAUCACGACGUUCCCACCGGCGGAAGUGCCCUACAAGACGCACGAAGUGUUGCAAUCUGCAGAGAAACUACAUGAGCUGCUCGGGGUAUUGCUGGCUGCAUUGAUAGUGCUCGUCGCGUCGGGGGCGUCUAUCGAAGGCGGAGCUGUGCUGGAUGCAGUCUUUAUCUUGGUGCUGAAACUGGGCCCGAAUGAAGCAAUACCCCUAGCAAGUGUGACCGUUUUCGGCGGAGCUGUUUGCGACUUCUUGCUGAACUUUCGGAAGAAAUCCGUCAGCUCCACUGACUCCCUGAUCAACUGGGACUUUAUCCUGAUGGUGCAGCCCAUGCUACUCAUGGGGACUGUAUUUGGGGCGAGCAUUAUCUCGUGGUUCUCCAACUGGCUGCUCAUUAUUGCGCUGAUCGUGUACUUAGCGUACAUUGGCAAGAGCGUGUUCAAACAGACGCGUGUCGUCGGUCAUGAAGAGGGCUGGAGCUGUUGCAGCGGCAGUGGAUCGGGGUCACUGCUUGGAGCACCGUCGUCUGGUUUUCAGAACAAUGAUGGCGGAUUUCUGUCACGCGCCGGACUCCCUUGGCGAAAGGCGGGGAUCAACUUUGGCCUCUUUGCUGCAACAAUACUACUCAUGGCGCUCCAGGGUGGAAAGUAUUUCCCCAGCCCGCUCGGAAUCCCUCCCACGUCCAUCUUCUUUCUGCUCGUCUCGCUGUUGCCAUUUUUCUUCCUCUCGGUCGUCUCGCACUACCAAAUGAAAGGCGUCGUGGCGACGUACCGGCGACAGCAAAACCCACGCUUCAUCCUUGCGCCGAAUGAAGUCCAGUGGUCAGUGGACACAAUCCGGAAACUGCCGCUUCAUCUACUGGGCAGUGGAGCGGCAGGAGGAGCGUUUGGUGUCGGAAGUGAGUUGUCGAUCUCCCGUCUGCUGCGUGGGGUCAACUUCCCACCAGCCGCAGUGUCGGCCAUGGCUGCAACAACGGUCUUGUUUGUCACGGGCAUGGCGUCGUUCAGCUUUUUUCUCUGGGGCAAACUGGACCUGCACUUGGCGCAGUUCCUCAUGCCGCUGGGCUUCGUCACGACUCUCCUCGGACGUCUGUGCCUCUUGCGCAUCGCUCGCCAGUCCAGUUCCCGCACGUUGCUGCUCGUGGCCAUCGCCGCGACGAUCGUCGUCAGCGUUUUUCCGCUCAGUUUUAUCGCGCUCAAGGGCCUUUACGGGUUGUAG